UCCUGUCAGCUAUCUUUGCAGCUGCAGCAGCAACGCGGUGCGAAAAGGCGCUCGAGCAAGUGUAGUCCUCGGCUGCAACCCAGCAGAAAUGUCGGAAAGUGGGAGUCAGGAGCCCGCCGGUGCCGCGGCCCCCCGAAACGGAAGCAGCAGCCCGACAAAACGAGCUCCUAUACCGUCUGUCGGCAACAGGGUGACCGUGGUGCUCGGGGCUCAGUGGGGCGACGAGGGGAAAGGAAAAGUUGUGGAUCUUCUGGCACAAGACGCGGAUAUGGUGUGCAGAUGUCAGGGCGGCAACAAUGCAGGACACACAGUGGUGGUAGACUCAGUGGAAUACGACUUUCACCUCCUCCCCAGCGGCAUCAUCAACCCAAAGGCCACGGCCUUCAUCGGCAAUGGUGUGGUAAUACACCUCCCAGGCCUGUUUGACGAGGCAGAAAAGAAUCAACGGAAAGGAAACGGUCUUAAAGACUGGGAUAAAAGGUUGAUCAUCUCAGACAGAGCACAUAUCGUGUUUGACUUCCACCAAGCAGUGGAUGACAUUCAGGAACAGCAGAGACAAGAUCAAGCAGGCAAGAAGCUCGGAACAACAAAAAAAGGGAUCGGUCCAGUGUACUCAGCUAAAGCAGCACGUAGCGGCCUCAGGAUAUGUGACCUGCUGGCUGACUUCACAAAGUUCUCAGAAAGGUAUAAAGUAUUAGCCCAGCAGUACAAGUCCACAUACCCCACCCUGGAGAUUGACAUAGAGGGAGAGCUGGUUAAACUAAAGGACUAUGUGGAGAGGAUCAAGCCCAUGGUGAGAGAUGGGGUGCACUACAUGUACGAGGCUCUCCAUGGCCCUCCUAUGAAGAUCCUGGUGGAAGGAGCCAACGCAGCCCUGCUGGACAUAGACUUUGGAACGUACCCAUUUGUGACAUCGUCCAACUGUACAGUGGGUGGCGUUUGCACAGGUCUUGGCAUGCCACCUCAUAAUGUGGGGGAAGUCUACGGGGUCGUGAAAGCAUACACCACCAGAGUGGGCAUCGGAGCUUUCCCCUCAGAGCAGAGCAAUGAUAUCGGCGAGCUUCUCCAGACUCGAGGGAAAGAAGUGGGCGUGACCACAGGCAGGAAGAGGCGAUGUGGUUGGCUGGAUCUGGUCCUCAUCAAAUAUGCACACAUGAUAAAUGGCUUUACAGCUUUAGCACUCACCAAACUGGAUAUACUUGACGUGUUUGCAGAGAUCAAAGUGGGAGUAGCGUACAAAGUCGACAAUCAAACAAUACCUCACUUUCCAGCCAAUCAGGAGGUACUGCAGCGUGUGGAGGUCCAGUAUGAGACGCUGCCAGGAUGGAAAAGUGACAUCUCGGCUGUGAGAAGUUUUGAGGAGCUACCUGAGAACGCCAAGAAAUAUGUCCACUUCAUUGAGGAGCAUGUGGGAGUUCCUGUCAAAUGGAUCGGAGUGGGCAAGUCUCGGGAGUCCAUGAUCCAGUUGUUUUAGAAGAUGGGAGGAGAAGCAAAGAGGAUGCACUGCAGCAUCAACUGUACCCUUCAUGCCCUUCCCCUCUACACACACAGCCUACCUACCUGUUCAAUAUUUCCAGCAGAGACGUGAUCACCACAUCUGUACUGAAUGGUUUUCUGUCAUAUCGUAGGACUUUCCCAUGAAACAGACCAGACACCUUUGGAUCAGACCCACUUCAGACUGGACUUCCUCAAUGAAUGUUUGUCAGCAUCUCUGUCUGGAUUUUAAAGCAUUUUUAAACUUCCAAAAACAGCUUCAAGGUCAUCAGCUUGUUAAUUCCUGUUUAUAAAUGCACCUCUCUCUGAAACAGCAGCUGCCAUCAGGUCUGGGAGAGGACAUCAGGUAAUAAAACAACACAUGCAGAAACACACUGGAUUAUCACCCAGAAGAACUGUCCACAAACAUUCUGUUCGUCAAACUUUCAUCAUUUGUAUUUUUCUCCUCUUUUCUGUGUUUUAAAUGGGCUGUUUCAAUCUGGUGUAUAUUCACUUUAAAAAAAUGUAUAAACCUCUGCACUUUAGAUGCUUUGGACUUUAUCGGUUUUGUUUUCUUCUGCUAGGUUUACCCCUCAUCCUGACAUGAUAAAGGGAUUUAAUAUUU